CAGCGAUCUAUGAUCAAAGAUGGCGAGCACCUCCGACCCACUGGAAGAUAUGCUAUUUUCUGAGGUGGAUGAAAAAGCUGUGAGCGAUUUAGUGGGCUCUUUGGAGUCACAACUUGUUGGACAAAGCAACCCUGCAGAUACUCAGUCGGAAAACAGAGGUGCUGGGUCUACAUUCACUGCAAACCAUCACUUAGGGAAAACGCUAACAGCCCAAGUGGGUACUACACUAGUACAGCAGCAACAAGGACAACAUAAAGCUGGGAUGCACCAGGAGAUAAACUCUAAAGAAAUUAGCUUAGAGAAAACUGUUACAUCUUCUUCGCUGAGUUCUAUUCCGUCCUUUGAGGAAGCUUCCACCACUUCAGGGACUGGAGUAAACGCUACCAAGAGCGGUUUGCAAUCACAUGGAACAUCAUCUAUCACAACACUACCUGCAUUUGGUGGUGUAGCAACUUCUCCGCUUGUCAACAGCAUCAGCAGCACCACCACCAGCCGAGGUUCCGCUCUGGCUUCAGGUCAGACAUCAACAGACAUUGUCGAUCAUCCAAGAAAACGUAUAACUGCAUCGUUACGGAGUGCAUCCGCGGGAAUACAGAGUUUGAACGGUAGCGGAGGAGCGGUAACGUCAAGGAAUAAUCCCCCUGCGGCGGGAACUGCUGCGUUGAUUAAUAACGUUAACACUGUGUCUAGCAGUGCAAGUGCAGCAAACUCAAGUCGGACCGUUGACGUUACAUCUUGUGUAAAUACGACGAUUUUCACUUUAUCUAACUCCAGAAUUUCUUCAACUCAAUCAGCGAUUCCCCUGGAUAAGGGGACUCCUACUAUUGCUUUGCAAAGACUACCAAGUCACAUUGUAGCUAGCAUUGCACAUAAUGGAAAUGGCACUACCGUCUCGGCCUUGGUUAAACAAGGCGCGAUAGGACCGAUCACCUGUGCAGCAGCUUCACAAGUGAACCACAAAAAAGAGGGUUCUGAAGCGAAGUCGGACGCUCCCGUACAGUCCAAAAUAGUCAUGUCCAGUCCGUUAGGUGUUGUAAAUUCCGUAAUAAACUCUGUUUCCUCUCCCUCUGCUGUUUCCAACAUAGCAGCGGCGACUACUGCAAGUCAUGUCAUGGCAAAGCCUGCUGUCAAUGUUGUUGGACAAACAACAACUGUUGGAAUGGUAAGGCCAGCGUCACCGGCUGUGGCCACAGCUACACAGCCUCUGCUUCGACCGGGAGUCCCAGCGGCUCAAAGGACUGUAGCCCCCCAACUGAUUGUCAGACCCCCCCAACAACCACAGACGACCAUUCAACUGCCUCCUGGGUUUACCAUCCCACCGGGAAUGGUGUUGGUGCGCACUGAGAUGGGUCAGCUGGUGAUGGUCCCACAGCAGGCCCUUGCCCAGGCACAGGCCCAAGCCCAGGCCCAGGCCCAGGCCCAGAACAACAUCUCCCCCCGACCUGCCACCCCCACUGCAGGGGCCACCUUCAGAGCAACUACCCUACAGAAGGGCCCCAUGGCUCCGGCUGUGGCAGUGACGGCUCCCCAACAGGCCCCCGUGGUAAUGACCCCCCAGGUCCAGGCUGGGGCCCAGGCUGCCUUACAGCCAGCCCUGCCCCCACAGACCAGCGUCCCUGUAGCCCCAGGAGCCUCUGUCAUCUCCCAGGAGAUGCAGGAGAAUGUGAAGAAGUGUAAGAACUUCUUGGCCACCCUGAUAAAGCUGGCCUCCCACAACUCUCCGUCACCUGAGACCUCCAAAAAUGUCAAGUCACUGGUCCAGGAUCUACUGGAUGCUAAGAUUGAGCCUGAGGAGUUCACCAACAGACUGCAGUCAGAGCUCAAGUCGUCUCCUCAGCCCUACCUGGUCCCCUUCCUCAAGAAAAGCCUCCCGGCCCUGCGGCUGUCUCUGCUCAACAUUCAGCAUUCCCUGAUCCAGCCUCUGCCGCAGGCCAAAGCCACCCCCACCACAGGCACCAGCUCUGCCAUCAUGGCCGUCCCAGCUAUCCGCGGCCGCCUCCCCAACAUCGUCAGCACCACGGGGGCCAGUGUCGGGGCCCAGGGACACACAGCUGCCCUGGGUAUCAAGCAAGCGGGCACCGCUGGUUGCCAGGUCAGGAUGCCCAUGUUGAUCACACCAUUAAGAACACAAGGCACUGUCAGCAAGGGAGCCAUGUUCCAAGCAGGCAAAAGUCCUGUGGGUUUUGCUGUUAAGGGCUCUGGAAAUCAGAAAAACAAGCUGAACGAUCCCGGAGGCGGUUCUUUCAGGGAUGAUGAUGACAUUAACGAUGUGGCGUCCAUGGCGGGGGUGAACCUGAAUGAAGAGAGCGCUCGUAUCCUGGCAACCAACUCUGAGCUGGUGGGGACACACAUCCGCUCCUGUAAAGAUGAGGCCUUCCUUCACCCGGGCCUGUUACACAGACGCAUCCUGGAGACAGCUAAGAAGUUUGGCGUGUCAGAGGUUCCUAUGGAGGCUGUGAACUUCAUCUCCCACGCUACCCAGUCCCGACUCCGCACUGUGCUGGAGAAGGUCUCCUCCAUCGCACAGCACAGGAUGGACGGUGGUAAAGAUGAGGAGUGGUUGGAGCAGUCGGCAGACGUGCGGUCGCAGCUAAAGUUCUUUGAGCAGCUGGAGAGGAUAGAGAAGCAGAGGAAGGAUGAACAGGAGAGAGAGAUCCUACUCAAAGCAGCUAAAAGUCGCUCCAGGCAAGAGGACCCAGAGCAGGCUCGGCUGAAACAAAAAGCUAAGGAGAUGCAGCAACAGGAAAUGGCCCUGGUGAGGCAACGAGACGCGAACCUGACUGCGCUAGCUGCCAUCGGACCUCGGAAGAAACGCAAGAUGGACUCGCCAGGGGUCACACCGUCAGGGACCGAGGUAUCAGGCAUCUCAGUGGGGUCGCCGGGCGCCGCCUCCUCCCCCUCCACGUCGUCACAGCGGCAACGUCAACGCAUCACCCGCGUCAACCUCAGGGACUUCAUCUUCUACAUGGAGCAGGAGAAAGAGACAGCCCACUCACUUCUGCUCUACCGGGCUCUGCUCAAGUAGCACCUUCUCCCUCCCAGCACCCUCCUCUCUCUUCCUUACCAUCUCCUUCUACCCCUGCAACGUGCCUUCAAUCGGGUCAGAUGUUUCAGCUCAGUGUCUGUUGUGAUGUUGAUAUUAACGUAGCUUUUGAUAUAAAGGCGAGAGAAAAAACUCACUAAAAUAUAUUGUAUGUGUCUUUAUCUGUUUUAGCUUCAUGAUAAAUACACUGAGUACCAAACAUUAAGAACACCUUCCUAAUAUUUGCCUUUUGCCCCCAGAACAGCCUCAGUUCGUCGGGGCAUUGACUCUACAAGGUGUCGAAAGUGUUUGACA